AUGCUGCAAUAAUUUACACUUCAAACAUAAGACAAAAACAGCGAUCAUAUAUAUUUUAUUUAAACUAAUAGAAAUUUAUACAAAAUGGUGCAGAGUAUUUUUUACUCCCUCAAAGUGUUGUCACGAUGCAAAACACAGAGAUUUUUCAGAUCUUGCGAUUUUCGCCGGCAAGUGGCGACCGCUGUGGAUAUGCUAUCGAUUUCAGAGUGCUCCGUGUCAGUAAAGAAAGACAUUGAAAAUUAUUGGAAAGAUAAAGUCAAUUCUUACAGUUAUACUCCCAAAGAUGAUGCGGAUAAGUUCUAUGUUCUGUCUAUGUUUCCAUAUCCAUCUGGCACUUUGCACAUGGGUCAUGUCAGAGUUUACACAAUAAGCGACACAGUAGCUCGAUUCUAUAGACUGAAAGGCAAGAGAGUAAUUCAUCCCAUGGGUUGGGAUGCGUUUGGGUUGCCGGCGGAAAACGCUGCUGUCGAGAGGAACAUCGAUCCCGCCAUUUGGACGAAUCGGAACAUAAUGACGAUGCAGGAUCAAAUGAGAUUGAUGAAUUAUUCCUUCGAUUGGGACAGAGAAUUCGCCACUUGCAAUCCGGAUUAUUACAAGUGGACGCAAGAGUUGUUUCUCAGGUUGUAUGAAAGAGGCUUGGCUUAUCAGAAAGAAGCCUAUGUCAACUGGGAUCCUGUCGAUCAAACUGUGUUAGCUGAAGAACAGGUGGACUUGAAUCAGCGAUCCUGGAGAUCCGGCGCGCGAGUGGAGAAAAAAUUGCUGAAGCAGUGGUUCAUCAGAACGACAGCUUUUGCAAAAGAUUUAUGGGAAGGUUUACAGGAUCCGACUCUGAAGAAAUGGAAAGAUAUCACAAAGAUGCAGGAACACUGGAUAGGCAAAUGCACUGGCGUCAGUAUCGAUUUUCAAUUGGUGUCCGAGAUCCCAGACUUUCCCAGAACGAUAAACUUGUGGACGGACGCGCCAGAGUUUAUCGAGUACGCGAAGUUCGUAGCCGUAUCUCCUGACAGCAUAUUACAUCGUAAAGAACACACACACGACGUAGAUGCUGACAUAAAGCGUUUGAAUGCGAAAGUGGUGAAUCCGUUUUCUGGCGAAGAGUUGCCGGUUUUCGUCACGGACAAAGUCGUUUACCCGCCGUGGAGAGACACCCGGUUGGGCGUACCGUCGGCGUCGAUGGACGAUAUGCGAUUUUCCGAGUUGGUCGGGAUACCGUUCAUCCGGCACUCGAUACGCAGCUACGAGCAGCAACAGCAAAAAUUGGCCGAGGUGCUCGAGAAAGCGAGGAAGUGGGGAAUAGGCGGUUACCCGGUGAGUUCCAGACUGCAGGACUGGCUAAUCUCCAGACAGAGGUACUGGGGCACGCCUAUACCCGUUGUUCAUUGCGAAAAAUGCGGCGUUCAACCGGUGCCUCGCGCCGAUCUUCCUGUGAUGUUGCCGACGAGGUACGCGUCGACCAAGAACUUUUCGCUUCACAAAGCUAAUAGCUGGUUGAAAACGGCGUGCCCUACGUGUGGGAAAAAGGCAAUGAGGGAGGCCGACACGAUGGACACGUUCGUGGAUAGCAGUUGGUACUUUCUGCGGUUCAUAGAUCCCGAUAAUACCGAGGAGAUGUUCUCGGUGGAAAAGGUCCGAAAAAACUUUCCCGUGGAUCUUUACAUAGGUGGAAAGGAACAUGGUGUGCUUCAUUUGUACUACGCAAGGUUUAUGAACUACUUUCUACACUCGGAGGGUCUCUUACCUUGUCCAGAACCGUUCAGACAGCUUCUCGUGCAGGGAGUGGUGAUGGGUAAAACAUAUAAAGUUCAAAGCACCGGUAAAUAUGUGCCGGAAAGCGAGGUAGUGCAAGAGGAAGAUAAAUGCACGACCAAGCACGGUGAAUCCGUUGUUGUGUCCUGGGAAAAGAUGUCGAAAUCGAAACACAACGGGAUUGAUCCCCUUAAUCUGUUGAACAAAUACGGCGUGGAUACAACUAGAUUGCUGAUAUUGGCUGAUGUCGCGCCAACGUCCACGAGAAAUUGGUCAGAAGACACUGUUCCCGGUAUAAAAAACUGGAUGAAUCGUUUAUGGAUUACCGUUAGACAAUUUCGAAGCGAACGCGACAACAUGUCGCUGGAGGAACUUAAGAGUGAGCCUACCGAUCCCGAAUUUGCCGAGUAUGACGCGUACUUGUUCGACAGUCGGAAUUAUUUUCUGAAGAAGGUGACAUAUAACAUAGUGGAGUCGCAGCAGUUUAGUAUAGCGAUAUCCAGAAUGCAGGGUCUCACGAACAGCUUGCGAAAAGUUAAGAACACCGAGUGCUCGAGAAAAAGUCGCCAGUUCGAACGAGCGCUGGCUGUUCAAAUUAUUAUGCUCGCUCCAUUUACACCGCAUUUCGCAUCCGAAUUGUGGGCCAAUUUCUGCGCGGCGAAGCAUCAUCUGAUAGACAGCAACGAAGUAAACUUGGAGAAAGACGUGCUCGAGCAAAGCUGGCCAGAGAUCGAUCUGGAUUAUAAACUCGAACUGAAUGUCUAUAUGAACAAGAGACAGUAUUUGAAACUGAAGAUCCCCCGACGCAAACUAGACGAAAUGACGGCUCAGACCGCGCUGGAACAUGUGAUUCUCGAUCCGUAUUACCAAAAGAAUGCGCAUAACAAAACCAUCAUAGACGUCAAUCUUGAUUCAGAGAAAGGCUAUGACGCGUCGUUGUACAUUACCAUGGAAAAGAGAACAGAGGACACCGUUGCAUCGUCACAGAGUGUCGUUACAGACAAAAGAUAAGUACGUACAGUAAUACUUUUGUUACUGUAAUUUUUAAUGUAUGGGAAAAUGACGAAAAAAAAAUUUCUAAGAUUAUACGCAACUGUUUGUUAUAAAAAUCAAAUUUUCUGAGGAUGUACAAAUGUAAUUACUCAACCUUAA